AAAUGUGCUACUGAUCAAACUCCCGAUCGCACCGCAGUUGAGAUAGGAAUUCUGUGAAGAAACUGUGAGAAAAGUCUAGAGAAAUUACUUCCAUUGUGCUCCAAAAGUAUCCACAGCACAGACAGUGUGUUCCGGGGAUUCCCUGUCUUCCCAAAGACCGUCUCACUGCUCAUGUGCACUGAAAUAAGAGCCAAGUGUGUGCUUAGAAAGUGAAUGUAAGAAAUUUUUGUGAAAAGAACACGGCAGAAUUGCUUCAUUCCUUUUCAAAAAGUUGGGCAUUUGUAAAGCGAAGAGAAAAAAAAACGAAAUAUUCUUAUGCAAUGUAAGAUUUGUUAUACAACGGACACUUUGAUAAUUUAUAGGCUGUUGUGAGUCACAAGAAGUAAUAAUUUUAUCUAUUUCAACUUUCGUGCUACCUAUUUGUCCGCGAAACAAAGAAAGGAUUACAGACGAGAGACUGUGUUGAAAGAGUUCACUUUCAUCUUCAUCCCAAGUUGAGAGAGUUUUGCAGAAGAGUUUCAAUUCAAAACAAGACAGACUCUGACAAUAUGUUGGCUGUACAUCAAAUCCUCAUCUUUGUGGCUGUUGCACUUGUGCAGACACAUGGAGAACAGCAGACACCCGAAUAUAUUCUUCCAUGCUCGCGCAGCGAUCCUGAGCUCAACUCGUGCAUAAGGAACUCCUUCAACCACUUAAGGACGUACGUUGUGAAUGGCCUGAAAGAUCUCGAUGUGCCUCCACUUGAUCCUCUGCACAUCAGGGAAAUGGCCAUGGAGAACAACGCAGGAGCCGUCCAGGUGAAAGCUCUCUUCACGGACAUCGUGGUGAAAGGUGGCAGCAACUACACGAUCAAGGAUGUUCGUGCCGAUAUCAAUAAAUACCGAAUUGAUGUCAGUGUUACAGUUCCUCGAGUGGAGACGCGGGGCAAAUACGAGGUGAUUGGGCGAGUUCUUCUCCUUCCAGUGCAGUCGAGUGGAGAAUUUUGGACGGAGUUUACGAACAUCAGUGCGAUUGGGAAACUGUAUGGCCGAGAGGUUGAGAAAGAUGGUGAAAAGUACAUGAAUAUUGAUAAGAUUUUCUUAGACUUCAACCUGAAAAAUGCACGCUUCAAGGUGAAAGACAACAUCAACAACGGCAAUGUCUUGGGUGAAGCAAUCAAUCAGUUCCUCAACUCAAAUGCCCAAGAAUUGGUCCAGGAGAUGCGGCCAGCAGCGUCCCAGAGUGUCGCCAAGCUCGCCAAGCAGCUCAUCAACUCUGCAUUCAAUCGCAUUCCACUGAGAGUGUGGCUGCUGGACUAAGAGGAGUUAGAGUCAAGAUGAGAAAGCGGAUUUUACUACAUUGAUAGUAGACUUUAGUAGAAAUAGGAUAAGAAAAAAGUAUUUUGCAUAUAAGAUUCAAUUGAGAAUUAUUUCAAUUAUGAUUAUGAGUGUAAGAGCAAAACACUAUUCCGCGUAGUGCUGAGGAAUUUGAGAUGUUUUUCAAUAUUCCAAAGAUAGGAAACUAUUUCCCAAUGAUAAUUCUAGAUUUCGUUUGAAAAUUCUUUAUUUGUUUUCAACUGUCUCAAAGUUCAAAAAAUUCCAUGUUCAAAAUUUAUGAUGGAUUCACAAAGCAACUUCAUCGUCAUCUGAAAAUUACGUAUAUACGUAUGUCUCAAAAUUUGAAAUGCGUCUAAUUAACUCUCUUCUAUUAAGUAACUGAAAAAUUUUGUGCAGAUUUAGGAAUGAUAGAAAGCAACAAACAGUACAUAAUUCCCGAAAAAAGCAAGUUACUCUGGUGCGUGUCACAUUACGCCAUGGUCAGCAGUGAAUCAGAGUUUAAUUCGAAAAUUACAUACCCUUUCAAGUCUCAUUUUGUUCCGCGUAUUUAAAAAUUACUUAUGAUAUUCUUGCAUUUCGUUUGUAAAAUAACCUCACGAGUUUGCAAGGUUUCAAAAUCAUUUUGCAGAAUUCUGAGAAAAGAUGUGAUUGUACUGAAUGAGAGACAACAAGGCAUUUAAUCUUCAGUGGAGAAGCAGUAAAAGUGCGAAAAUAAAUUAUUCAGUAUAGCUUGAUUGCAACAUUUAUUGUUUUGAGAGCGUUAUUUAAAGAAAACAUGGAUGAAAUAUUGUGUAAGUGUAAAUAUUAUUAAUUUUCUGUAAUGGAAUUCCUCUUGAUAUAGGAAUAAAGACGGAGAAAAGUGAAUUCAAAUGAUAGUGCAUGUCAUAUGCAAUGUAGUGUUAUUCUAGUUAAUAAGGCAACACAAUUCCCUGGAAAAUUACAUCGAUAUUAUACUUUCUACUUAAGAUAAGGACUCCCGUAUUGUUCAAUUGAGGUGUUUAUUUCUAAACGUACAAUAGAAGUGAGUAAAAGAUGAAUAUACUGUGAAUUUAGGGAAGCAAAAAAUACUACAAAUUGAAUUACAUCAUAAUGUGGAGAAUUAAGAUUAUUGAGUGGUUUAAUUUAAUUUACUAUUACUUCAACAAUCAACAACUGUCUUGGAUAUUUCAAAUAAAGACUCUCCCGAUCGAGGAGUGCGUUUUAAUCUCUGACCGCGGUCAUCACUUUCUAUGAUAACUCCCCACAGUCGAACAACCAGAUCGAUCCGGUUGCCGAGUCCAGGAAAACGUCACAAGCAAUCGAUCCACAAGCAGUUUCAUUUGAAGCACGCCACUUUCUGAGAUAUGGACAAACGCAAGACUUUCAUCUUCACAUUCGACUAAUCACGUCACAUUUUUGCCAAGCAAGCUCGCCGAAUAAUUAUUACAACAUGUGCUCAGCUGUGCGGGAAAAAGCACGCGAACAAGGAGUUUUGCGGAAAAAAGUCACCUUACAGUCCAAAAAGUCGGUUACUAAGCUACUGAGCGGUGAUUAGAGAUUGAGACGUGCUGAUGUUCUUUACUUUUUUAUUUGUUCUAUGUGCAUUUGAGAGCCAAAAGUACAAAUUGUAAUUUAACUAUCUGUUUACCACAUAGUGAAUGAUGUAAAUAAAUUCUCAUGUUGAGUGAGUGUUUGGACUAUCUUGGAUCUUUUUUUGCGCCUCGUCCGCCAAUUUGUAACAUUUGAUAAUGAAACUCCUUUCCACAUGAGUGACUCUGUUCCAUCUCUAUGCCUCCCUUUGCUACUACGCACUUCCAUUCUGUGGCAUGGCAGCAACAUUCCGGACCAAUACCAACAUUGAAUGCAUCCCGAAAGAAGUCAAUGCGAUGCGCUGAACUUUGCGCAUCAAUCUAGUUGAGAUCCGAAUAACUGCGCAAUGCCCUACUGCAACAAUUCUCCGCCGACUGGCCAGAUAAGGAGUCGUUCUGAUGGUUCUUCACCUGAAAAUACUGUUCAGCUCUGUCUCAGCCAGACAAUUUCACCCGAUAGACU